CACCAUGGCAUCAGCAUGGUCCUGCUGGGUCCUCCUGCUGCUCCUGCCUGCCCUGACCCACGCUGGGGGACCCAGUCCUGUCCUCAUCAACCGCCCCUUUGUCACCAUCUGGAACAUCCCCAGCCAGCGCUGUGCUGAGAAGUACAAUGUCACCCUCAGCCUGGACGUCUUUGAUGUGCUGGCCAAUGACCAGCAGUCCUUCACUGGGCAGGACAUCACCCUCUUCUACAGCGACAAGAUGGGUCUCUUCCCCUAUUACACAUCCGAGGGGGUGCCAGUGAAUGGGGGGCUCCCCCAAAAUGCCAGCCUGGAGACUCACAUCCACCAGGCCACCCAGGACAUCAAGAUGACCCUGCCCAGCCCUGACUAUGGUGGGCUGGCUGUCAUCGACUGGGAGAAGUGGCGCCCACUGUGGAUUCGCAACUGGGACUCCAUGGAGAUCUACCAGCAGAAGUCAGAGGAGCUGGUGCAGCAGCAGCACCCGCAGUGGCCCCCCAAGGAGGUGGAGGAGAUGGCCAAGCAGCAAUUUGAGAAGAGUGCCCGUGAUUUCAUGAACAAGACCCUGUGGCUGGGCGAGAGCCUCCGUCCCGGUGCCUACUGGGGCUUCUAUGGUUUCCCUGACUGCUACAACAAUGAAUUCGACAGACUGCCCUACAAUGCGACGUGCCCGGAUGUGGAGCAGCAGAGGAACAGGAAUCUGUCCUGGCUCUGGAGGAGCAGCCGGGCGCUCUACCCCAGCAUCUACCUGCCCGUCCGCCUCAAUGGCACCGGCAUGGUGCUCCCCUACGUGCGGCACCGCGUGGCCGAGGCUUUUGCUGUCCAGCGUGGGAUCCUUGACGGUGGCAUCCCUGUCCUGCCCUACUCUCAGAUCGCCUUUGAGCACACUCUGGACUUCCUUUCCCAGGAGGACCUGGUGAACACCAUCGGGGAGAGUGCGGCUCAGGGUGCUGCUGGGAUCAUUCUCUGGGGCAGCCUGGAUUACAGCACCUCCAAGGAGAUUUGCCUGAGGCUGAAGGACUACGUGGAGGGCCCCCUGGGCCACUACAUCGUCAAUGUGACAGCCAGUGCUGACCUGUGCAGCCAGACCCUGUGCUCUGGCCAGGGCCGCUGCGUGCGCCAGGAUGGCCAGCAGGGCUACCUCCACCUGGACCCCUCCCGCUUCACCAUCGACCUGCACGCUGGCAAGCCCUGGCUGCUGGCUCAGAGCCUGGAGCCUGGUGAGGACAUUUCCAGACUGGCCAGGGAGUUCACCUGCCAGUGCUAUGACAAGUGGCAGGGACCCCGCUGUGACACCCGGGGCUUUGCCAAGUGACCCACUGGGGUCAGUCCUCCCACCCUGGGGACGCUGGGGCAGACAGGGUGACACUACCUCAGCACCCUUGCCAUGGGGUUGAGAACCUGACUGUAGGGCUCUUAAUAAAACCAGAAAGCAUCAGCAAACGCCUCCUUGUCU